GUUAGCCGUUGCCAAAUAUGGUUAUAAACACCGGUUUCGCGCGCUAGCUAAGCGAGUCCAAAAGACAUUGGGAAAAUGUCCGGGUGCCCCGUGCCCUCUCUUCAACCACCUCCUCUUCCACCUCCACCACCAGCACCUCUACACCCAGCAGACAAAAAGAAGAAGUUUUAUCAGACGAUAGGAGGCAGUCGCAGCCCAGUGGAAGGAGACAACACGGAGCCCCUCCUGCUCAUUCGGCAGAGGGAGAGCAGUUUCAGCCGAGCUCUCCAGUGGACUCUGGUAAACGCGUACGUGCCUUCUCUCAUCCAAGACGGCCCACAGUGCGGCCUGGUGGCCUUGUGGAUGGCUGCUCACCUGCUGCAGCCGUCCGUUGACAUGGAUGCCGUGGUUCAGGCUGCGCUUGGCCGAGGCUUCACAGCGCAGGGUGAAAUGUUCUCAGCUAGAAACAUGGCGUUGUUGGCCGAGGAGGUGUGUGGAUGCAAAGCGGAGCUGUUGUCAGGUGGUUUGAGUGGCAACAACGCCACCAAGCUCGUCGCACACUUAUGGAGCAGACAGCCUGUUCUCAUCCCAUAUGAUGAAGACUACAACCACGAGCCCUGCCAGCGCGGCGGCCACAGGGCACACUGGGCCGUGGCUUCAGGUGUUCUCCUGGGUGUCGACCAGGGGGGCUUGGACACCGAGUCCACUCAGCCCGACCUCACUCUGCCGUGGAUUCACCUGAGAAGGGACUCCAGCUCUUACUGCACGCCAUGUCCCGCUGCAAACAUCUCACUUUUCAGAGAGGUUUACAUCCUGGCCAAACAGGGCAAAAGUCUGCGCUACCAACUGUGGAGUCUGGACAGCGUCGCCCGUAGCAACGAGCAGCUGAAGGGGAUGGACCCGCAGAGAUGCGGCGACGGAACACAGUAUGUGCUUCCCCAAGGUGGCAUGGAAGCCGGUUUGGCUGGUCAGGCUGUUUUACUGCACAUAAGCACACAGUGUGAUAGUGGCGCACACAAACAACAUCGCGUGCUUCAGUCGACGAAGAAGACGUUUUUAAAUUGCCAGCAGUGAUGGAGUUUGGUUCACGAUGCUGAAAUAUUGACAUGGCAAAAGUACCUCUUUCGCUGAUACACACUGUACUUAAGCAGAAGUACAGAUAUAUCUUCUGGUUUUAACCUAAGUAUCAAACUUCCUGUUUGGCUUCUUUUUUUGUG